AUGGUUGCCAAGAGAUCUUCUGACUCCGCACUUGCUGCACCUGCUCCGAAAGUCUCCCGCCGAAUACAACCACAGCCAACAACCAUGGCCGAGUUCAUGGUUGACAACGUCGCAGAUGGCGAAGUUGUGCACCAAGCAUGCCUCCUUGUCACCGGCACCUGUCCCAUGUUCGCCAACUCCAAGGACGACUAUGUUUCAGUCGACUGUCGAGACUCGAUGGGCUCUCGCUCGCAGAUCAGUUUCCCCGUCGCUUAUGGCAAAUGGAAGGCGCUCGUCCUGCUUCAAAGCGGCAUCAACGAACUCGAGUUCAAGCUUCAUCAUACUGGAGGUAUCUCGUUCACCUCUCGCCUCGAAAUCAACUAUCAGCCACUCCUUCAAGUGCCACCGCUCCACCUCGCCAUCAUGCUUGCAAAGGACUCUCCAUUGCUCAUCGAUUGUCCGCCCGCGAAAUACGGCGCUCGCAGCUCCGCCCACUCCAGUCUCGAUGCUGCAAUCGCCAAGCUCCGCACGACGGCACUUAUGUGGCAAGCACUGACCGCAGAAGACAUGCGUCAGAAAGGUCUCGGCAGACGCUCAUUCCGACUGGAAGAAGAAUGGACAUCUACCACUCUAUCUUUGAGCAGCAUUGCAUCGAAAGGCGCGCAAGGUGUCCAGAUGGGAUCAGUCCCGAAGGUCCAUAUCAUCCGCACCAACUACACUGUCGAUGCGUUGAGAGAUCAGAAUAUCGCUCAGCAGAAUGCUCGAGGCGACCACCGCGAACACCUCCACAAGAUCUUCACUGAUGCCCUCAAAGCUCACGGUGGACCUUUCGACUCCAGCUGCCGUCCGGUCGUCGCAGGCCUGAUCCUCGACUCGCACUACGACAUUGAGCAAGACUUGAUUCUGGGUCAUGCUGCACUUGGAUGUCACAACGCCAAUGGCAUCUCUCUUGGCAUAUUUGGCAGCCACACAACAUACUCCUGGCCUCGAGCGAUGGACGAGAUCACAUCUUGCCUCACAGAUCCGAUGGUCCCUGGUGACACUGUCGGCAAUGACAACAACGAAUGCAACACCAUGGCUCAAGCAUGCUUCGUAGGUCAGGGAGCAUUCUUGCACGAAGUAGGACAUGCAUUUGGUGCUGAUCACACCACCGGCAUCAUGGCUCGUGGUUACAGCGAAUUCUGGGGCCAUGCUUUCCUACCUGCCAACACGCCCGACCACCAAGCGAAGUGGGAUCUACAGGAUGCUCUUCGCUUCAAAUGCAAGCCUCAUUUCCGCCUCCCAGGUGACGAGCCUGUCACUGCAGCCUCCCUCGACGCCGGCAUCACCAUCGAGAUAGACACCGACGAAAAUGGCGCGGAAAUCUUGAGGAUCUACUCUUCAGCUGGUCUCGCGCUCGUCAGAAUCACCAAGAACGGAGCUCCAACCGAGAACAUCGUCCUCAUGAACCCCUCAUCAUUCGGCAUCUGCUCCGAAUACCGCACCUCAACCCUCGACCUCAUCAACCGCACCUUCCCCUUCGAAAUCUCAGCCUUAUCCCUAAACGGAAACCAAAAACUCAUAAAAAACGCCUGGAACCUCUUCCUCUCCAAACCCUACAUCAACAUCCCCGGCACAUCCCUCCGCCUCCGUAAACAAAGCAUAAAAUCCACAGCCAUGGAAAGCGAAACCUACAACCCAGACGACCACCUCGAAUGGUGCGUCCUCCUCCACAAACGCUCUUCCAACGGCCAAAUCAUCCGCGCCACUUCCAUCGAUCUCCGCGUCGGCUGUACCUUUGACGGCGCAGUACUCUACUACUCCGACGGCACACACGCCAACUGCGGUCCCCCUCCCCCUUACACCAUCAACGGCGGCCACGCAAGUGAACACCACACCCUCCCGCAAACCUCCCGCAUCACCAAAGUCGAAAUCGGAGAGAAUGGGGGUUGGGGAGGUCUUGAUGGGAUUCGAAUGUAUUUGGAGAAUGGGGAGAGGUGGGGAGAGAUCAAUUGUAGGGAUGAAGACAUCCACGUUUUGAGGCCGGGGGAGGGUGAGAAGAUUGUGGGCUUUUUUGGGACGUGUGGGAAGGUUGGGGGGGAUUUUACGGUGGAGUUUGGGAUUCUUACGAGGCCGGAGGAGGGGGAGGUGCCGGAUUGCGUGUGGGAUAUGGAGGAGUUGCAGAAUUUUGGGGCAGGUGGCGAUGGGGAGAGUCGGAGUGAAGGUGGUGGGGAGAGUCAGAGUACUGUGUGGUAA